AGGAGAGCGUACUCGGCUCUUAAUCCUUUGACACAAGAGGAGAAAAAACAGAUCGUGGAAGCCAUGAGUUUGUCGCAAGGGCACUGGUUCAAAUGUCCCAAGGGACACGUCUACGCCAUUGGUGAAUGCGGUGGUGCUAUGGAGAGAAGCAGGUGUAAUGAAUGCGGGGCUGUGAUUGGUGGAGCAAAUCAUAGACUAGAAGAGGGAAAUGACUUGGCACCUGAGAUGGACGGAGCAAGACACGCAGCCUGGUCUGAACAGGCAAACCUACAGAAUUAUAAUUUAAGGGACGAGUUACUGUGA